UGUCCCGCUUUGACAUCAAAAUCAUCACCAACGCUGCACAUCACGACCAAUCUUUGCUCGCCACACCGAAACAAUGAGCGUUCCUUUAUCCACCGCGCCUCCUCUCACGUCGAAGACUCCCCCUCGGGAGCCGACACCGCCUUCUAUUGAGGUCACCCCCACUAUGCCAUGCAUCUUCGCGGCACCUGUACAAGACGCUACCGGAGACGCUUCGUGGCGACAGAUCUCCACGCCCACAGCGCCAUCACUUCUCCCAUCUACACCGAUCUCGAUAAUCACAUGGAACAUCGAUACCUUCGCGUACCACUCGGGCGCUCGGAUGGAAGCGAUCCUGGGCCAUAUCUCCUUCACCUUGCCUUCGCCGCCGUCGCAUACAAUCGUUCUUUUCCAGGAGGUGGAUUGGGAGUCCCAUGUGGUGCUGUUUCGGAACGAGUGGAUCAGGGAAAACUUCCAGAUUUCGCACCUGGAAAGUCCGGAAUCGGUACGGUACUUUACCGUUUCUCUGGCGACGCGCGAUGUACCCGUCAUCGCGGUGAGGAGAGUGCCUUAUGAGCGCACGCAGAUGGGAAGAGAUGUGCUGUUCCUUGACGUAGCUCUGCAGGGCGACCCCAGUAUCCUGAGAGUGGGGAAUACGCAUCUGGAGUCGCUACCGCAUCCAGGGGUUAGGUUUCGCCCCGUGCAGCUUGCCAUGGCGGCAGAGAUGAUGAAAGAGGGAGACAUUCGGGCAGGUGUAAUCGCGGGCGAUAUGAACGCGAUUUGUCCAGAGGACGACGAUUUCCCGAAAAGCUGUGGCUUGGGAGAUGUGUGGGAAUUACAGAAGGGGACUGAGGAGACGGAGGGCUAUACUUGGGGGUAUCAGCCGCCCUGUAGGUUUUCACCAGGAAGAUUGGAUAAGGUCCUGUUCCGUGGAGAUUUUGCGUUCGAUGAGGUGGAGGAAGGGCGGCUCUUGAGGCGUAUCGGCGUGGGCUUAAGGUUCGAGGAGCCGACGGGCGAGGUCAGCGACGGGAGUAAGAGUGACGACGAUGACGGUGGCGAUGACGAUGACACGACCGAAUGGGCAAGCGAUCACUAUGGGCUUUGGGUUAAGGUCCGUUUGAGCAGGAAGGGUAGUGGAGAUAUGCGCGGUCGGGAUUAGUUGCCAGUCACCCCGCCUAGUUCACAGCGGCAGAAGCCGUCCAACAUUUUUCUACAUGAAAUCGUGCCGUCACGGACUUAAGCUGUCAUAGAAAAACAAUACAGAAUCCGAGAUGGAAUAUUUCAUCGCAGGCAAUCAUUAUUUUCCCCGAACUGUGUGCGCCUAUCCGCCCCACCCACAUACAGGAACACGAAAGGAAACAAAUUUCAAGGUACAACCGAAAUCCAACUAUCCCCCUACGCCAUCAUUACCCUGAACGCACUUACAAUUCCUUCUUCGCCU